CAAAAUUUAGUCACCGCUCAUAUGUCUAUAUCACCAGCUUCUCUCUCUUCCUCUCUUCCUAUAAACUUCACAGACUAUAAUCCAGUAGAGAGCUCUCUAUAUUUCUCAUUCUCUCUCGAGUCUACAGAAAUGGGAAGAGCACCAUGUUGCGAAAAAGUGGGAUUGAAGAAAGGAAGAUGGACUGUCCAAGAAGAUGAAAUCUUGACCAACUACAUUCAAGCCAAUGGUGAAGGCUCUUGGAGGACUUUGCCCAAGAAUGCAGGUUUGUUAAGGUGUGGGAAAAGCUGCAGACUAAGGUGGAUAAAUUAUCUGAGGGCAGACUUGAAGAGAGGGAACAUCACACCUGAAGAGGAAGAAACCAUUGUGAAGUUGCACACUGUAUUGGGAAAUAGAUGGUCUUUGAUAGCUGGAAAUUUACCUGGACGAACAGAUAAUGAGAUAAAGAACUAUUGGAACUCCCACUUAAGCAGAAAGCUUUACAGCUUCACCAAAUCCACAAAUGAAUCUCUUUCUACAGUUAUCAACAUGGCUGCUACACGCAAGAGAAGAGAUGGAAGAAGUCGAAUUAGAAGAUUAGCCACGAAGAAGCACAAGAACACAGCCUCAAAUAUUGUUGGAAUGUCGCUGCUACAAAGUGGUACCACAGCCACAGAUGAUGAGGUGCUUGAUCCAACAGCCCAAGAAAAAGCGCGUGUAACUGGUUGUACCUUUGUAAGACAAGCUGGAAAGAACCCAAUGAUGGGUCUUGUUGAGUCUGGGGCCCCAGAGCAGCAGGGAGAGGCUAAAAGAGGCCCUGGAGUUCAUGGUUCUUGUAUGGACACAACAGUGAUCAUAUUGGGCCAAGCUGGCCCUAAUAUUCAAAACAGUGAAGCUGUGUUAUGUCCCAGCCAGAAGAGAGAAACUGAGGGCUUGGGGCCAUAUGAAUGGUUUGAUGGUGAAAUAAUGCAACCUGGUUAUGUUCUUGAAAGUGGGGUUGUAAAUACAGAUGGGACUGUGGCUCAUAAGGAGCAAAGAGAAAAUGGGGUCUUGGGCAUCAAUAGUGAGGAGGAGAAAGUAAAUAAUAGGGCCCUUAAAACAGAGAAAGAGACCACAAGUGAGGGGAAAGAGAGUAGUGUCAUAAGCUCAAAUGUUGUAGAUGGGGAAUGGAAUACUUGUUCUUCAUCAAUUAAUUCAAGCUUUGAUUAUGAGUGGCUUGAUUGGGACUGGGUAGGUGGUGCUGAAUGUCAUAAUCAAUAUGAAUUAUGGGAUGAAGGAGAAAAUAUGUUGGCUUGUUUAUGGGGAACUGGCAAGGGUGAAGAUUAAUACCGUCCAUAAGCCACAAAAAGUGUAAGAAAGAGAUUGUGUUUAGUCAUUGUUGUCGAAUAAUUAAUAAGUAUUCGGGAAUAAUAUUCCCUCCUCUCACAUCACUCUUAUGUAAUAGUGUUAUUAUGUGAGCGGAGAGAUUAUUAUUCUUGGAAUAAUUGAUUUUAUCUUACAAUUGCAUUUGUAGUCUGAGUGAAUGUACAAUCCAUUAAAGAUAUUUCAAAAUACUAGUAGGUUGAUGUAUGUAAUUGUGUCUAGCAGAACACUUAAAAGUGCUAGUAGGAUAAUGUCUGUAAUUGCGUCACGCAACACACUUUAUAGUUGCUCAGAUCAUUAGUGUGAAAUAAGAUUGUAAUCAGUAUAUCCUAAUACAUGUUACAAUAUUUG